GGUUCUGUCACGUGUGCGUGUGAGUGAGAGCAGGGGAGUGUGUGCACGUGUGACGAUGGGAGUGUCUGUGGACUUUGUCCAAUUUGAGCAAUAAAAACCAGCAGCAGAUCUUCCUGGUUUCGGCACAGGCCCGACGCUCCACGCUCUGAGAUGGCCAUCCUGUGCUCAGGCAGACCCGGUGAAGGGGGGGCGGAGGCCUGAGAUGGUGUCUGCGCGAGAGGAAGUGCUCAGUGGUGACGGAGGUCCUGCUGCAGCCCCAGCCCAGGGAAGGUGCGCUGCGUCUGUGGACACAGCCGCUCUGGCGGCCCUUACCAGCUGCCCAGGUGCCCUGAUGCGGCUCCAGAUUUCCUAUGUUCCUUUUCUACAGGUGAUUUCCCGGAUCAUAAUUCUCGGCUGAGGUUUGAGUUGGGUUUGAGAAUCUGGAGAAUUCCUGCAGCUUGGUGACUCCGGGGGUGCUGUCAGUUGAAGAAUUCACUUGCUGAGGAGCUCCGUGCUGUGCGUCCUCUCUCGUAACUGAGUGCCGAAGAAGGGACUCCAUGAAAGAUGACAGAAGAGGUCAUCGUCAUAGCCAAGUGGGACUACACGGCCCAGCAGGACCAGGAGCUGGACAUCAAGAAGAACGAGCGCCUGUGGCUGCUGGACGACUCCAAGACCUGGUGGCGGGUGCGAAACGCGGCCAACAGGACGGGCUACGUGCCGUCCAACUACGUGGAGAGGAAGAACAGCCUGAAGAAGGGCUCCCUCGUGAAGAACCUCAAGGACACGCUCGAGAUCCAGUGCAGAAAUAUCCGGCUGGUCAUUUCCUAGAGGUCCUCGAGUUUGGAGCUUUAUGCCUCGGCAGGACGCGCCGGAAGACAAGCGCCCGCGAUGCAUCGCCCACACCCAGCAUGGACGCCGAGUUCCCCGCCAACGGGGGCGGCGCCGACCGCAUCUACGACCUCAGCAUCCCGGCCGUGGUCAAGUUCGCGUACGCGGCCGAGCGCGAGGACGAGCUGUCGCUGGUGAAGGGCUCGCGCGUCACCGUCAUGGAGAAGUGCAGCGACGGCUGGUGGCGGGGCAGCUACAACGGGCAGGUGGGCUGGUUCCCAUCCAACUACGUGCUGGAGGAGCUGGACGAGGCCGCCGCCGACGCGCCCGGGGGCCCGAGCCUGCGGCCCGGCGCCGCGCUCAGCAACGGCCAGGGCGCGCGGGUCCUGCACGUGGUGCAGACGCUGUACCCCUUCAGCUCGGUCACCGAGGAGGAGCUCAACUUCGACAAGGGCGAGACCAUGGAGGUGAUCGAGAAGCCCGAGAACGACCCCGAGUGGUGGCGCUGCCGCAACGCGCGCGGCCACGUCGGCCUGGUGCCCAAGAACUACGUGGUGGUGCUGAGCGAAGGCCCGGCCCCGCACGCCGGCUCCGGCCCCGCGGGGCCUGCGCGCGCCGGCCGGUUCGCGGGCCGCGAGUGGUACUACGGCAACGUGACGCGCCACCAGGCCGAGUGUGCGCUCAACGCGCGGGGCGUGCAGGGCGACUUCCUCGUCCGCGACAGCGAGUCCUCGCCCAGUGACUUCUCCGUGUCUCUCAAAGCAUCAGGGAAGAACAAGCAUUUCAAGGUGCAGCUGGUGGACAACGUCUACUGCAUCGGGCAGCGGCGCUUCCACACCAUGGACGAGCUGGUGGAGCACUACAAGAAGGCCCCCAUCUUCACCAGCGAGCACGGGGAGAAGCUCUACCUCGUCCGGGCGCUGCAGUGAGCCCAGUGGACGCGCCCCGGAAAGGCGCCCCGGCCCGGGCCCUCCUGCAGGCCCGCUCCCGGUGGCCGGCCCGUCCUUGCUCUCUCCAGCUGGUUUCCCUUUCUUGUCCGGGUCGGUUCGUUUGCCAUCCGCCCUCCUUUGCCAUCCCAGGCCCUCCUGGACGGUUUUAGUGAUGGGGAGGUGGAAGGGGACGAGUCAGCUCACUUUAACCUUCUCCGUGGGAGCCAGCCUUAGUCUUUUCACAUCGCUCGUGCCAGCAAACCCCCCCUUUAAAGACAUCGGGCGCGGUUUGGAUGCACCGGAGCUGCCCUUACUUCCGUGAGCCACAGCGCACGUGACAGUGGGGCCGGGCCCUGGGUGGCACCUGCCCAGGGACCACCUGUCCUGGUCCCGGCAUCCCUGGAUCUGCGUCGUUGGCGUUCACACAGCUCCCAGACUCUCCGGGGGUGACCCCGGGCGCUCGUAGCAAUACUGGAACCACCGGGUGAGACGGGAGGGAAGAAGCUGUCCAGUGCCUUUGGGGCUGCACUUGCAAUAAAGAAAAGAGGUCCUGGAAAGUCAGUCCGGAGACUCGGAGAGACAGAGGUUUCGGAAAUGUUCCCCCAAGAUGUGCCAUCUGCAUAGUGCUCUUUCUUCUUGCCCUUCGGCUCGUUUCAGUUUCACGAUGAUGUAUUUAAUUCUCAAAGUAAUAUGUAUCUCUAGCCAUUUGUUGACACUAAUACAGAUGAUGAAGGAAAACAGCUGAUCUUUGGGAAAGGGGCGUGACCAACACUUCACACACACGCGUACACUAUAUAUAUAUAUAUAUAUACACACACACACACACAUAUAUAUAUAUAUAUAUAUAUAAUUUGCUUUACAGGGAAAUUUUUCAGGGUUUACAAAAGGAUAUGUGAAUUUGGUAGUAGGAGACACAGAAUGUUUAUGAAGAAAUUGCAUUUUCUUUUUUCUUUACAUUUGAACUCCUUUAUAGUUUAAAUAUACACUCUUGAGAUGGCACAUUCCUACAGCUGAGGAAGGGGUCUUGAGACCUCCUAAACUUGCAUACUCAGUUUUUUGGAUAUUGUAAUAAAAAAGUAUUAUGACACGACUCUGUGUGCGUUCAUCUGU